AUUAUCCUCUCCGGUUUCGCUAUCCGCUCUCCAUUCUCUCGCUCUCGCAACGCAAGUCGCAAAGCCCCACCUCCCUUCACUCUCAUCGGCUGGCAAAGGACAGCGGCGGCGAUGGCGCAGAGGCAUAUCGCCGGCGUCAGCGUCGGCGGCGGCGGCUACUGGACCGAAAUAUUGGACCAGCAUCGGGCAGCCUACUACAACCCCUUCUCUGUGCUGGCGCCCUCGAACAGGCCGCCGGCGGGGGAUGACUCCUCGGGCUCGUCGUCGGACGUGGAGGACCCGCAGCUCGAGCUCCCGGCGCGCGGAGGCGGAGCUCCUCCGUUCACGCACGUCGCGCCUCGUCCGCUCGAGCUCCCGGGCGCGCACCCGGCGCGCGGAGGCGGAGCUCCUCCGGUCGCGCACGUCGCGCCUCAUCGUCCGCUCGAGCUCCUGGCCGCGCGCCCGGCGCGCGGAGGCGGAGCUCCUCCGUUCGCGCGCACCGCCGUGCCUCCUCCGCUCGUCCGGGCGCCCGACGCCGUCCCCGCGGCCGGCUCGACCUGGACCCGCGCCGCUUCCGCUUCCAACUCGGGGUCGGCGUUGGCGGCCGCCGACAGGCUGGUGACGGCGAGCGCGGACGGGGUGGCGCCGCUCUCCCGGGGGAGAUCUACAACGCGCUCAAGGCGAUCCGACCCCGCCUGGCCCGCGCCGACCUGCUGCGAGCCUACAGCGCGCUCGUCCGCAACGACCGCCAGUUCAGGUCGCUCAUGGCGCUGCCGGAGGACAUGAGGAGGGACUGGCUGCUCAUGGAGGUCCCGGACCGGAGGCAUUGAAGCCCUGCUGGCUGUUCGCCGCUUCUGCUCUGCGCGUGGAUCGAGCUCCAAGCUCGUAGCUGACAGCACGCGUGGCAAGUACCGUCCAAUGCUGUGCGCUUGAGUAGUAGUAGCAGCUUGUGGUAGUUAGGCAUCAGUUGAGUUUCUUUCACUAAGCUGUAGUAUUAGGGGCUUGUUACUCCUGUAAUCCUGUUGGAACAUGUAAUGCAGCGUCAUCUGUAAUGUUGUAGUGUAAACUGUUCCUCUGAAAAUGUAGUGGUCGAUGUACCUGUUGCUCGUGAGCAAAUGUUGUGGUGAUGGAAGUUCUCGAGGUUCUUGGCGCACA